CAGAAAUCUCACACUGUUGGAAGCUUACCAAGAGCAUCUGAACACAACCUGUAUUUCCAAGGUCUUGCUAAUAAAGGUGAAAAUUAAAGUGCUUUCAGGAGCAGUGAACAAAACCAACUGAAGCUCACAUUCAUACGAAUCUCAGAGAUGUUUUUCUGUAAGUGCUGCAGAGGAGCCAGAGAAGUGGACGACAUUAUAGAAGCUGACAAACUGCUUCAAGACAAAGAUGAGAGGACAAGCUCAUUCCCAAAAAGGGUUGAUGCAUUGAAAAUGAGAGAAAUGAUGCCCGGGUUAAAUGUGGUCCUGCUGGGAAAAACAGGAGUUGGAAAAAGCUCAUCAGGAAACACAAUCCUGGGUCAACAAGCUUUCAUCACAGAGAAAAGUGUCACUCAAGACGUCACUGUGGAGUCUGGAUCAUUCGGUGAACUACCGGUCACUGUUUACGACACUCCAGGAUUAUCAGAUAUAGAUAUGAGUGAAGAAGAGAUUCGGCAGCAGAUCAACGAAACCCUCCAGAAAUGUGCAUCAGGCCGCUGUGUGUUUCUGCUGGUCAUCAGAGCUGGCAGAUUCACUGAAGAAGAGAGAAAAGCUGUGGAGAAGAUUGAGAAGAUCCUGGGAGAAAACAACCAGAAAAACAGCUGGAUUCUGUUCACUGGAGGAGAUGAACUGGAGGGAGAAAACACGACGAUACAGGAGUUUAUUAAUCAGUCUGAAGAACUGAAGACACUCGUGCAGAAAUAUGAGCACAGAUACCAUGUGUUCAACAACAAGAAGAUGAAGAAAGAGGAGGAGGGACCGAGUGAACAAGUGAAGAUGCUGUUUACAAAAAUACUGAAGCCUUAUCUUGACUCAAUGGCAGGAGAAAAGAUACGACAGCUGAAUUCACUGAAGAGAAAAAUAACAGCAAAUAUUGAGCCAGUCUCUCGUGUCUCCAGUCCUCCCUCCAGACGGAUUGUUCUUCUGGGUAAAUCUGGUGUUGGUAAAAGUGCAGCUGGAAACAAAAUCCUGGGACAGAAAGAGUUCACAUCUGUAAUGAGCACAAAUUCAGUAACCUGCGUUUGUUCAGAAGCUCAAGCCACAGUUUCAGGCAGAUCUGUGUCUGUAGUCGACACUCCUGGAUUCUUUGACACAAAGAUGAAACCUGAAGAGUUAAUGAUGGAGAUCGCCAGAAGUGUGUAUAUCUCCAGCCCUGGACCUCACGCUUUCCUCAUUGUGUUUCCUGUGAACAUGAGAUUCACUGAACAUGAGGAACAGAUUCCUCAGAAGAUUGAGAAGAUAUUUGGUGAAGAAGUGUUGAAAUACUCCAUCAUUCUCUUCACUUAUGGAGAUCUGCUGGAUGGAGAGUCUGUAGAGAAACUAAUAGAGGACAACAGUGGAUUAAGAUCUCUAGUCCAGCAGUGUGGAGGCAGAUAUCAGCUAUUCAACAACAGAGAUGUGAAUAACAGAGAGCAGGUGGAGGAUCUACUGCAGAAGAUUGACUCAAUGAUACAGCAGAAUGGAGGAGAACACUACAGUAAUGAGAUGUUUGAAGAUGCUCUGAGAUUCAGAAAAGAGGAAGAAGAGAAGAAACAAAGAGAAGAAAAGCAGAGAAAACAACAAGAGGAGAAACAAAUACAAGCGGAGAUUGAAAGAGUGAAAAAAGAGACAGAGGAGAGAUUUAGAGCAGAAAGGGAAGCUGAAAAUCUUAAAGCAGAGAGACCGAGUGAGGAAGAACAGAGAAGACGAGAGAAACAAAGACAAGAGGAGAUUGAGAAAGUGCCAAAGGAGACAGAGGAGAGAAUCAGAGCAGAGAAUAAGGCUAAAUUAAAUGAGGAGAGUGGAUUUUUAAACUUUUUUUCCAAAUACAAAGAUCAUUUUAGCAUGGCAGGAUGUGUUGUUGGAGGAUUAGCUAUCGGAGCUCUGGCUUUAACUGGAAUUGGAGCUGUUACUGGAGCUAGUGUAGCAGCUUUUUGUGCUGGAGGAGGAAGUCUUUCAGCUUCUGUUGGUGGAGCUUCAAUUGCAGCUUCUCUAUCUGGAGCUGCUCCUGCUGCUGCUGCUGCUGCUGCUUCUGCUUCUGGAAUCAUUGGUACUGGAGCUGCUACCGGAGCUGCCAUCGGAGCUGCUACCGGAGCUGUCAUCGGAGCUGCUUCCGGAGCUGCCAUCGGAGCUGCUUCCAGAGCUGCCUUUUGAGCUGUUACUGGAGUUCUUACUAGCAAAUAUGCUGUUGAGAAGGCUGAAAAAUGACCAUAUUAUAUACUAUAUUAUAUUCACUAUUGCGUACGUUUUGCAAUCCUUCUAAGCUAACCAAUGACUGCCGGGACAUUCCAAGAGCAGGACGUGUCCUCUUGGCGGAGAGUUGCUAAACCUCUAAUACACAUUUCUGCCAUUUGUUUUACAGCAACCAUGUGCUUUUAACCAUACACAAUUAAUCUGCUCAUGAUCUCCUUUAAUGUAACUUUGCCAUGUCUGGUGUCUAUUGCCAGUUCAUGAUCUUUGUAGUGAUGAACCAAACAGAGGCACUGCUGUAUUUCAGUGUACAAUCCGAAGAGAAUGCUGUAUUAUGGUGCUGGAUGCUUAGUUUCAGGUUGGUUCAGCUGGUUUCAGGGGUUAGUAUUUCACACAUGUUUGGAAAUGCUUUCCUCAGGGUUUGAGAAGGAAAGGUAACUUUUGAUCAGUUAGAAUAGUUUAAUACCCUGCUUCUCCCACAUGUAUUGAGUUGUUGUUUGGUGAAGAAGUGCUGAAAGACUUCACUCAUUAAAAACUCAUGAAAUACUCCAUCAUUCUCUUCACUUAUGGAGAUCUGCUGGAUGGAGAGUCUGUAGAGGAGUUGAUAGAGGACAGCAGUGGAUUAAGAUCAGUAGUCGAUCAGUGUGGAGGCAGAUAUCAUGUGUCGAUGAGAAUAACAGAGAGUUGGAUGAGGAGCUACUGCUGAAGAUUGACUCAAUGAUACAGCAGAAUGGAGAAGGACACUACAGUAAUGAGAUGAUUGAAGACGCUCAGAGAUUCAGACAAGAUGAAGAAGAGCGGAGACAUAGAAGAAGAUGAGAGGAAAUGACAAGAGGAGAAACAAAUACGAGAUGAGAUUGAGGAGAGUCAGAGCAAAGAGAAUAGCUCCAUUAGCAUCAACAUCAUCAGAACAACAAAACUACAGAACAAAAUAGGAAAUACAGAAGAAUUUAAGCAAUUUUAUUCAUUUUUUAUAGGGAUUUUUUUGGUGGCGUUGAUGGCGGAAUUCUUGCUUGGAAAGUUGGUAAUGUAUUGAUGUUUUAGCUGCUGUUGGUAGAGCUUGUUGCUGGAGUUGUUGCUUUAGCAGUCGAUUGAUUUUUAGUAGGCUAGUCAGAGAUCUGUUUAAUUAAGUUUUUCAUCAAUGCUCAGCAUAAUGCUGUGUAUAGUUUCAUAUCUAAACAAAAUACACAGAUGUGACCAUUAAGAAUGUGUGUGUCUCCAGGAAAGGGAUCUUACAAACUGUAUAUAAGAACUGGAGUGGACCGUGCUGAAGUUCUCCUGUACAUGAUGAACAUGGUAGCAGUAGGGCCAGUCAUGUUUCACUCUUAGUUGACAGCCUGUGUGUCUUCUGAAGUCAAUGUGUUCACCUCUCACUGUAUAAGAGACAGAACCACAAAUAUACUGUUAUGUACAGCUCAAAUAUAGAUAAAAUAUGAAUGAUUUCAUUAUUAAUAGUUUGGUAUAUACAUGGGUGUUUGAAGAAAUGCUUGAAGUUUCUGCCAACCCGACUCUACACCAUAACUUUUCAAUCCAGAUGGAUGGAGCAACCAUUACUGCAUUCAAAAUGGUAAAAAGCCUUGAAGUAACGAUUGAUGACCAACUGAACUUCUCUGACCACAUUUCUAGAACUGCUCGAUCUUGCAGAUUCGCACUCUAUAACAUCAGAAAGGUCCGACCCUUCCUAUCUGAACAUACAGCUCAACUCAUUGUUCAAGCUCUUGUUCUCUCCAAACUGGACUAUUGCAACUCUCUGCUAGCCGGGCUACCAGCUAGUUCUAUCAAACCUCUUCAGCUGCUUCAGAACGCAGCAGCACGAGUGGUCUAUGAUGAACCCAAAAGAGCACAUGUCACUCCGCUACUCACCCGUUUGCACUGGCUGCCAGUUGCUGCCCGCAUCAAAUUCAAAGCUCUGAUGUUUGCUUACAAAGUGACCUCUGGCUUUGCUCCUUCUUAUCUGCUCUCACUUCUGCAGAUAUAUGUGCCCUCCAGAAACUUGCGUUCUGUGAAUGAACGUCGCCUCGUUGUUCCAUCCCAAAGAGGGAAGAAAUCACUUUCCCGAACUCUCACAUUCAAUCUGCCCAGUUGGUGGAAUGAACUCCCUAACUACAUCAGAACAGCAGAGUCACUUGCUGUCUUCAAGAAAUGACUAAAAACUCAACUGUUUAGUCUCCACUUUCCUUCCUAAUCUUAGCUGCCUCUCUGGCUAUACCACUAACUGUAC